GGUAGCGCGCGGGACCUAUGCGACUCGCCAGUCACCCAGUGAGGGUGGACUAGGUCCGUGUUUCUCCCCGGGAUUCCUUCUGGCCCCAGGAAGGCUCGGUUGGGUCCCCGUGACCACAGGCUCGAGGCUGGCGACGGCUGCUCCUUGCGUUUGUCUUCCAUCCCGAUGGAAGAGCUUUCCGGGAAGCCCCUCAGUUGUGCGGAGAAGGAAAAGGUGCCCGGGUUGCGGGAAGGGUGACCCAGGGCUUUAACUUGGGUUUUCAAGCCUGGUUCCUGUAUCUGAGGCAGUGUCCUCCGACAUACCUUCCAUGAAAAGUCAUUGAGACAAGCGCGCUGCUCUCGUGGUGAAACUUAAAAUGCAAAUUAGCCAAACCCAACUUCUAGUGGCACUGCAUAAAUAUUAGGUGUAAAAGUUUACAUAUAGGUAAACCUAGAGGCCCUCUUCUGCAUAAACAUUAGGUGUAAAAGUUUACAUAUAGGUAAACCUAGAGGCCCUCUUCUCAUCCUCUCCACCCCUGCCCCUUCACAUAAAUCUUUCAGUAGUCUUGUACUUACGUUUUCGUGUUUGUGUAUUUAGGGCUUGACCUCCAAAAUAGGAGAAGGGGAUGUUCAUAAUGUAUACUCUGGUUGGUUCUGCAACUGAUUUUCUCUAAGUUUAAGACCCACUUUGGAACAGGACGAAGGGAAGAAAAAAUAUAAGUAUUACAUAUAAUGAGUAGUUAUUCUCUGUGUGUGUGUGCAUACAAAUUUAGUGUAGUAGUUUGGAAGAGCUCUCAUUUCUUUCCAGCUCAGUAUAUUCUCCUGCAAGACUUAAAUAUUGCUUGUGUGUUCUUGAGCUUGCUGUGCAAAGUUAGCAUUCACGUUAAUUUGCCCUAUCCUGUCUUACCUUAGAAGGGUGGUAAAGAUCAUUUACAAGUAAACAAGAUAACCCCCACUUACUGAUUGAGGACAUGAUAACAACAGAAGUUAAGAGCACAGACUCUGGGCCUUCCUAAUGCUGUGACCCACCCUUUAAUACAGUUUUCAUGUUGUGAGGAUCCACGACCGUAAUUUCAUUGCUACUUCAUGACUAUAACUUGCUACUAUUAGGCAUCAAAAUGUAAAUCUGUGAUAUGAAUCCCCUCAGGGGUCUGGAGCCACAGCUCUAGGUACUGCCUAGGGGAUUUAAAUGGAGCAGUUAUAAAUGGCAGCACCCUGGAGGAACUACUUAUUCUCUGUUUAGUUUGCAUAUCUAUAAAAGGAAGGUGAUUAUAUAGUAAAAUCUACUUAUUAGGGUUAUCGUGAGUGUUAAUUGAGUUAAUGGACAUUAAAGUCAUCCCUAGGACCAACUGAAGCAAAUUAUGAUGGUAUCAGCCAUUUUUGUUACUGUGUGUCUGAGAAUGGAUGGGCUCUGAAGUCCACACCAUGCUCGGGGAACUGAGGUGGGCAAAGUGCUUAAGAAAAGUUUAAAAAGUUUAAGUUGUUAGUAACUUUCACUGCAGCUUUUUUUGCUGCUUUUUGGUCUGUAGAGGCUUUUUUUUUUUUUUUUUUUUGACUGAAUACAAAACAGUUACAGUGCACUGUAACUGUCUUCAGACACACCAGAAGAGGGCAUCAGAUCCCACAGAUGGUUGUGAGCCACCUCGUGGUUGCUGGGAAUUGAACUCAGGACCUCUGGAAGAGCAGACAGUGCUCUUAAGAAAGGACCUUGUAUCCCAGGCCAGUCUUCAACUUACUAGGAAGCUAAGGAUGACCUCCCAAGUGCUGGGGUUACGGGUGUUCACCAAAAAUCUGGGUUUAUGCGGUGCAGAGGAUCAAAGCGCAUGCUCGAUGAGCAUUCUGCCAAGCAAGAUACAUUGCUAGCCCCUUUGUGUUGUUUUAAAAGGAAUAUACUGAGGAUAGAAAUGCAGCAGUUGUCUGAAGGAUGAGUGCAGGGUUCCCAAAGGAAAGACAAGGAUGGCUUUGCUGCUGAGAGAGCAUUUCAACCACAGAAGCUAAGGAGACAGAGAGAAGCUAAACUUUCAGGGACUGGUAAUUUAGCAUAGCCUAAAUGAACUUAUUUGCAAAAGCAUUGUAGAAAUGCCUGCUGCGUGCCUGGCUUGGAACUCACUGGCUUUCUUCUAUGUAUUCUUCAGAUGUAUGAGCCAGGUCUGCCAUGGAGCUUUCCUAGUUGUGGGGUCUAUAAUAAUUACACAUACACUGUUUUCACAAGACUAAUUCCUUCCUUUAGAUCUAGGUGCAAGUGGUAGCACUCAGAAUGCCUCCAUGACUACACUCCUUGAAGUAGUUCCUAAAGUUCCUACAGGAAGCUAGUUACUUAUGUCACCCAGAUUAAUCUAGGUACUUCUUACUAUGACAGAUCUUAUCUGUGCUCUUGAAUGUUAUCUGCAUUCCUCAUUACAAGUAAUUGCCUUAACCACCUUGUACCUCAAGUACCAGAGAUAACUAACACUGCGUAUGUCACUGAGGGGUGAGUAUUGGUUACUAUUGCAAGUUCCUGGACCAUUGAUAAUGAGCAUUUAUUGGUUGAUUGACUAUGGUAACAGCCAGUCCCUGCUUUUCAAAGUGAUGGAAAGAUACAAGAGAAAAUGGACAGCAUAGCGAAUGGUGCAGUAAAUUUUGAGAAGAGCACAGAGGAAAAGAAGAAUGUCUAAACUUGGUUUGAGCAAGAACCUUGAAGUCCAUCCUAGGAAAGAAAUCCUGCAAACUGAGGCUUGAGGAAUCCAUAGGAAUUGCUCCAUAUGACAGGAAACCACCAUGAAAGUCCUAAGACAGCUUGGUCCUUUGUAGGAACUGAGAAAAGGUUUGAGUGGGAAACCUCUCUUCCUGUACUGAUCUUGCUGAGGGAUGAUGCUAUUGAGCUAUGCACAUUGGGCACCAUAUGCAAUCUCAGGCCCUAUAGGCACUAUAUCCAUUCCCUCUGAUCUCACCUUUCCUCUGCUCAGAAUUGUUAAUGUUUUUCUUCCAGUUGAAGGAAAAGCUAGCAUUUUUGAGAAAGGAAUACACCAAGACACUUGCUCGCCUACAGAACCUAUAAAUAAAGGCUUUCCUUGUGACGCUUCGUUACAAAGCGACCAUCUUGAUGAGGAGACUGGAGAAAACAUCUCUCAGAUACUUGAUGGUGAUCCUCAGUCCUUUAACUGUGAAAGUGGCCAAGAAGUCUUACAUACACCAAGAGCAGGUGACAUCCAAGGACAAUUUUUACAUAGCACCAGCAGCCCUGAUGGUAAGAAAGGGCAGAGUGCAUUUCCAGGGACAACAAAGAAGCUGCGGAAGAGAUCAUCUGUUUUACAGGAAAAGGACGAUUUCUUUGACACUAGUUCUCUUGUGCUCCCUGGUAGGCACCAAAAAAGACAGGAAACAGUCAGUAGCAAGAAUCCUAGGGCCCCAGAAAUUGAAAAGACUCACCUUUUAUGUCUGAAGUCUCAAACUCCUGACCCUCCAGCCCUUGUUACAGAAAUUGAUGGAGGGGGUAGAUUAAUUGUACCAUCUGGCAAAUCAGAAAGAGGUAUUGAUACACCUGUGAGAGGAAACAAUGUCUCUAGGGAGACUACAGUUCCUUCAUGUACUGCUUCAGACAGCAAUCAUAGUGGACACCUUGAACUUACACCUCCUAACAGUGGCUGUAAAAUUACUACUCAGGGCCCCGCUUCAUCCAUAAACCUGGUGGCACAAGACAAAAAAACGACUAUUUUUACAGAUAACCCAGUAGUAUAUAAACCUGUGAGUGCUGGCAGUCAGCUGCCAGGAAGUCCUAAUUCGUGUUCUGUAAAUGACCUCACUCACAGUAACUUGCCAGCAAAUACUACCCCAAACUCUAGAUCUUUAAAAUCUCCUGAUAACAUUGUUGAUGGGAGAAAUGAAAAUCUUGAGGAAGAUGAAAUUGUUGGUCUAUCUGAGAACCUCAGCCCAGCAGCAGUCUCUCCUCCCUCCACAGAAAGUCAAAUACAUUCUUGUACGAUGCUUGAAGGCCUUCUGUUUCCUGCAGAGUACUAUGUUAGAACAACCCGUCGUAUGUCAGAUUGUCAGAGGAAAAUAGCUCUGGAAGCUGUAAUUCAAAGUCAUUUGGGUGUCAAGAAGAAAGAGCGUAAAAAGAAAAACAAAGCAACUAAAAAUCUAGUCCUCUCCAGUGAAGAAACUGACCAAAGUGAAAGUGGUAUGUUGGACACCAGCAUAGGACACUCAAGUUCAGAAAGCCUCUCUCAGAAACUAAUCUCACCAGUUGAGGUCAGCUCUCCUCUGGGACCUGCCAACAACAGAUCUAAGAAAGCCACUGCACGGCCACCAGGUAGAGGGCACAGAGAGAAACGAACAUCAGCCUGCACCUCCACACUGGGUCACCAUCAGCUGCUUUUCCCUCCUUGUGCCGCCCUGGCUGUUAACAGGACCAGGGGCAAAUUCACAAAGCAUAAGUGUCAGAACAGAGACGUGAUUAUUCAUGACUUUGAAUUACCCGAUGAAGACUUUGGGCCUCUUAAACUUGAAAAAUUGAAGUCCUACUCAGAAAAACUGAUUGAGUCUCCUGACUCAAAAAACUGUGGUGAGAGUCUUCCUACAGAAGGAAAACAUGCUGUUCUGGAGGAACUGCAGAUAGAUUCGGAAACAGAGGGCUUGGAAGUGGAACUCACUGUUCUACCAGGAGAAGCAUGCCAUCCAGGGCCAACCCUGAGAUGGCAGCCAGUGAGCAAGGGCCUUUCUUCAUCCAUAGUGCUUUUCACUCCUACAGACACCGCUGCACCUAACAACAGUGACAGGUCUACUGCUUCCCUGUGCUCACCUGCUUUCCCCGUCUUAGGCAGGACUCCAGCUUUUGGCUCCCAAGCAACCGGUGAGAAUAUAUCUGCUGAAGCUGGACAGCCUUGCUCUACAUCCCGACCUUCUCACUUGGGAGAAACAAACAGUCUUGUUAAUAAGAAUAAACAGUGCGACAGUUCAGCCUGCUCACCAAAACUGGAUACCAGCCUGCAAGUGUCAGGUAGGCAAGGACAAGCUACCUGUGACAGUGACUCUGGCCCCCAAGCAACACCUCUACCCAUUGAGUCAUUCACUUUCAGAGAAGAUCAGCUUUGUGGAAGUGCAUGCCUCGAGUUACAUGAACAUUCCACCGAACAGACUGAAAUUGCAGAUCUCCCUGCUUGUGACAGUUUAAGCCCAGGCAACCUACAGUUGGUUUCAGAGUUAAAGAAUCCUUCCAGUUCCUGCUCUGUGGAUGUGAGCGCCAUGUGGUGGGAAAGAGCUGGUACUAAGGAGCCAUGUAUCAUAACUGCUUGUGAAGAUGUAGUUUCUCUUUGGAAACCGUUGGAUUCUAUGCAGUGGGAGAAAGUUCAUACCUGGCACUUCACAGAGGUUCCAGUAUUACAAAUAGUUCCAGUGCCUGAUAUUUACAGUCUUAUAUGUGUAGCUUUGGGAAGUUUGGAAAUCAGAGAAAUCAGGGCGUUGCUGUGCUCCUCUGGUGAUGAAUGUGAAAAGCAAGUCCUCCUGCAAUCUGGAGACAUAAAAGCUAUGCUUGGCCUGACAAAGAGGAGACUGGUUAGUAGCACUGGGACCUUUUGCAAUCAACAAAUACAAAUCAUGACAUUUGCUGAAGAUGGAAGCAGCAAAGAUGAACAGCUUCUGAUGCCUCCUGAUGAGACUAUACUGACUUUCGCUGAGGUCCACGGGAUGCAGGAAGCCCUGCUUGGUACUACCACUGUGAACAGCAUUGUGAUCUGGAAUUUAAAAACUGGCCAACUCCUGAAAAAGAUGCACAUUGAUGACUCUUACCAAACUUGUGUCUGUCACAGAGCCUAUUCUGAGAUGGGGCUCCUGUUUAUUGUUCUGAGUCAUCCUUGUGCCAAAGAGAGCCAGGCCUUUGGCAGCCCCGUGUUUCAGCUGCUGGCAAUUAACCCUAUGACAGCUCAGAGUGUGGGUGUUCUGCUGUGCUCCCUUCCUCAGGGGCAGGCUGGAAGGUUCCUGGAAGGGGAUGUGAAAGAUCAUGUUGCAGCAGCAGUCCUGACUUCUGGGACAAUUGCCAUUUGGGAUUUGCUUCUGGGUCACUGCACGGCUCUCCUCCCACCUGUCUCUGACCAGAGUUGGUCUUUGGUUAAAUGGUCAGGUACAGAUUCUCACCUGUUAGCCGGACAAAAGGAUGGAAAUAUAUUCAUAUACCGCUACUUUUAAGAGGCAAAUAGGUGUUUCCUCUAUUUUUUUUUUUUUAAGAAUACAAUAUCUUAAUGACAUUUUAUGUGAUUACUUGAAUGUAUUUCCCACAAACUUAAUUUUAUUCUGAUGGUGGCACUACUGACUGAACGUUUGCUUAUACUUACUUUCAGGUUAAUGGUUUUAAGUCAUUCUUUGCACAUCUGCUAUUACAGCUGUACAUAUGCAGUAAAUGUUAAUAAAUAUUUAUUUUGAUACA